AUGUCGUCCGACGUGGAAAGAGACGAAGUCAGACCGACCAAUUUGUUGGAUGCAAUUGAGCAUCUAGAAACAGUCGCUCCUGUGCCGCCACGGCAGCGUUAUACAGACGCCGGGCAGCUAGGGAAGCAGAUAGCGGAAUUCGCGUAUGAGAGCGGAAUUCCUCAAGCUGCUCUUGAGCGUCUGUUGAAGAUACUCACGCGGAGUAAUCACCUUGACCAGGGAACAAUUACCACAUUGAUAAAAAAUCUAUAUCCGUCCGAGCGGAUAGCAUCCAAGUUGGUCACGCAGGUCGUGUGCUGUCUUGGUCCGACGAAGAAUAAGCCAAGUCCAGCGACACAGGCUCUGUUGCUACGAUGGUUAAUUCUUGUCUAUGAUUUCAUUGAUGAUCGAUCUCAUCUGUCGAAACUCUACGCGGUACUCUUUAACCACCUUGACAUGAUCAGCUUGCGCAAGCCCCUGUGUCACAUCCUCUCUUUUAUUACUAGGAGAAAACACGUCAAGCCUUUCAGAAUACAAAUGCUCAUGGAGUUGGUUGCCACUUCUGGUGGUGAUGACAAAGAGCUUGUCUCACUUUUGCGCGUCUUCAAGAACUAUUACCCCCAUGUUAUUGUGGGGGACCCUGGCAGGAAAGGCUUGUUCUUCAAGCAUCCAGAUCCUGAAUGGACAAGCCACGUACGGCAAGUUCAGGAAUCGAACCUGGAGCGGACUCAAGGGAACGUGUCUACCAGUUUUCAGGUGGUACACCGCGGACUUGUCAAGAGAAGCAAGGUGGAGACUAUUGUUCCUGAUGUGCAGACUUCUCGAGUCGCGCAUAACCGGACUUCGUUAGAGGAGCUAAGAAACGUUGACCACUUUAUCGAAAGACUCGACAAGAUUGAGCUCCCUAACCAGAUCAUCUCCACCAUUGCAGAUGGCUUGGCGCAAAAGUAUCUCUUCUUGGUUCAUCCUGACGUUGCAGAUGACCGUCUAAACGAUUGGCUGCAAGCUUUUUUGAGUGAUCAUCUAGAGUAUGCUCAAGACUUCGAUGACGAAGAUGUGGAAGCGCUAGGCUAUGUGUUGACUCUAGCCGUCAAUUAUGCACGAUACACGAAGAUGAUCCCCGACGCUUUCGUUUCCUUUGUGAAGUCAUAUAUUCCAUUCUGGAAUGGCCUUGACAACAGACAGCCGAUUUUUGAGCUUCUUGAGUACCUUCCUGUUGAGAACUACGACGCCUUGCGAAAUGACAUCUUUGCUCCCUUAGAGGCCGCCAUUCUCGAAGACACCGCCUCAUCUAAAGCGAUUCUACUUGAUCUUUACUCGGCUCUGGUCCGUCAAUGGGGUGUCAAAGUGAGGACAAAACCGUUUAGCAUGGAAAGGUCGGAACCUCUAAGUCGUCUAAUCUCGCAUGCUGAGCUCCUGGCGGCGUCCAUCUUGGAAAGCCCACCAGAGCAACCUUCAACCGCUGAGAACUACAAACCGAGUACGCUAUCUGUUCUAGAGUUUUACUUCACAUUAGCCGACCUAUUUGCAUAUGCCCACUCGAAUGGGAGAAUCCGAAUCACGGUCCCUCUUGCUCCAACGAUCUACAGCCUCGUCUUCACGCCCGUGAGCUCCGUCAUCUCAAAUAUGAACUCUGUGCUUUCUGGUUACAAGGCAGCUUUCGAAGAGUCCAUGAACUCAGAAACCCUGCAGGCCCAAACCUCGGGUGACCCGCUCUAUCCACAACAGCUCGUAGGCCAGUUCAAUGGGUACAUAAUGGACAUCUGCAAUCUGGUAUGGCGAAACCGAGCUCUCAACUCAGAGGAUCCAAAUGCAGUCGGCUGCCUGAUACCCCCAGCAACAAUAACCGCCAUUACACAGUACAUCCGCGAAAUUAAUGAGAAAUCUCGAAGAAAGAACCGCGAAACUGCCUUCUCUUAUACGACGGCAUCGGCAUUUUCCUUGAGCCACCAUGCUGCCCUGAGUAAUCUUUCUGCGGCUUGCUUUGCUGAUCUUGAGAGAGAGAAUGAUAUUGGGGAGGAUAAACCGAAGUUGCGUAAGCCUGUGACGCAAAAAGCUUUGAGUGCUCUGGAGAAAGAAGGUGGGUUUCACACGACUUGGCAGGAUUAUAGGGUGCGGAUGCUUGACUGGAUGGAUGCUACAGGGGGUAACGGGAUUGCGAAUUUGAUGCGCACGACGAUGAAAGCGCUUCGAAAGGAGUAG